UGGGAGCUGAGGGUGGACCUUCUGACGCCUGUGUGUCCCAGUUGGUGGGAGUAACUCCUCUAUAAAACCAGUAAAAGCAGCUUCAGGGAUCAGAGGACCAGAUUGAUGUUUUUAUCCUCCCAGUUUGGAACACCAUGAUGUUCCCCUGCAGCGCCCUGCCUCCGCCUCUCUAUCCGGCCUUCCUGCGCCCUCCUCCGGCUCUCGCCUCGCCUCUCGGCCGCUCGCUGCCCUCCGGCUUCCUGGUGGAGGAUCUGCUGCGGCUCAGCCAGCCUGUCGGUUACAUCCACCGGACCUUCUCCUCUGGGAACCCGGAGGGGCUGGUCCAGCUCAGCCCUGGGAUGGGCGCCUCGCCUCCAGCGGAACCACCGAACCGAACUGGGUCACCGGGCUGCUCGGACUCCGGAUGUCUGAAGUUCGGCGUCAGCGCCAUCCUGGCUCCGUCCACAAGAAGCGCUCAGAGUCUUCAGACCAAGGUGCUGCCGUUCUUUGAUGGAAGCCUUCAUCCUCUCAUCAGAGCCUCCUACUUCACAGCUUCCUCUUCCUCCUCCUCAGUGGUUCCGGUUCCAGGAACCUUUUCUUGGCCUCUGGCCCCCCGUGGGAAGCCCAGAAGGGGGAUGCUGCGUCGGGCCGUAUUCUCGGACCUCCAGAGGAAGGCGCUGGAGAGAACCUUCCAGAAACAAAAGUACAUCAGCAAACCAGACAGAAAGAAACUGGCCACUAAACUGGGCCUGAAGGACUCACAGGUGAAGAUCUGGUUUCAGAACCGCAGGAUGAAGUGGAGGAACUCCAAAGAGCGAGAGCUGUUAUCGACCGGCGGCUGCCGUCAGCAGACCCUCCCCACCAAAACCAACCCCCAUCCGGACCUGACUGACGUGGGCAGCACGUUCUGCCAGAGGCUGAACCGGCCUGCAGCCGACACCCAGGAGCCUCAUCAUCAUCAUCAUCAUCAUCAGAGCCCCUCCUCUCCAUCGGAUCUGAGCAAACUGUCAGAAUCGGACAGUGAAGAAAUCACAGUUUCAUGAAGAGGACUCCUGAGCAAACCUCCAAAGUGCCUCAAUCUGUUCUGUAUAUAUCUGUAUCUACUCAGCCUGGUUCUGUACAGAUUUUCAUCCGAAGCUAAACCAGUUCAAUGAGCUGCUCUAGAUUGAAGAUCUCUAGAUCUAAAUGUUUCAAAAUUAAAGUUACUAAAUGUGUGUGUGUG